UCAGAACUUAAGCAAUCUCUUACUACCGCUGAUUUAAUUUCACUUGGUGUUGGAAGUGUGUUGGGAACUGGUGUAUUUGUCGUAGCAGCUGGUGUGGCUAAAAAUACUGCAGGACCUGCAGUUACAAUUUCUUUUGCUAUUGCUGCCUUUGCAUCUAUCCUUUCCGGUCUCUGUUAUGCAGAAUUUGGUGCUCGUGUGCCUAAAACAACAGGUUCUUCCUAUGUAUACAGUUACGUUACAGUUGGUGAGGCUGUUGCUUUCACCAUUGGUUGGAAUCUGAUCUUGGAAUAUGUCAUUGGGACCGCCGCUUGUUCUCGUGCUUUAAGUUCUUACAUUGAUACAUUGUUUCACAAUGCUAUACGUAUGUUCUUUUUGCGCUAUGUGGGCGAGAUGGACGCACCCGGUCUGGCUAAAUAUCCAGAUUUUAUUGCUUUACUGAUCACCAUCUUCUUUAGCGGUGUCAUCUCUUGUGGUGUUAGCCAAUCUGCCCUUUUGAAUAACAUUUUGAACUCGUGUACCUUGUUGACUGUUGUCUUCAGUUUGGGUGUUGGUGCUUUCUAUUUUGAACCGCAAUUGUGGACCGGUGAAAAAGCCUUCUUCCCUUACGGUACUCAUGGUGUAACUACAGGUGCAGCAAGUUGUUUCUAUGCCUAUAUCGGUUUCGAUAUUAUUGCUACUACCGGUGAGGAAGCUAAAAAUCCAAGGAAAUCCAUUCCCAUUGCCAUUGUUACCUCUUUAAUCAUCCUCUUCUUGUGCUACUUCACUGUUUCCAUGGUCAUGACCUUGAUGGUUCCAUACUAUGAUUUAUCCAAAGCAGCUUCCUUGCAACAGGUAUUUGUUGAUCGUGGUGUACCAGGUGUUAAAUAUUUCAUCAUCAUUGGUGCCAUCGCUGGUCUAACUGCUAGCUUGAUGGGUUCCCUUUUCCCAAUGCCACGUAUCAUCUACGCUAUGGCUAUAGAUUGUCUUAUCUUUAAGGUAUUUGCUAAAGUCUACAAGCGUACCCAAAUGCCUGUUCUUGCUACCAUGAGUGCAGGCUUCCUAACUGGUAUCUUAGCUUGUAUAUUUACUGAAGAGGAUUUAAUUCAAAUGAUGUCUAUUGGUACCUUGUUGGCUUAUACUUUAGUA